UGCUGCUGUAGUGAAGCCAUGUGUUGUUACUGGUCGUAUGUAUGAGACAUGAAUGAAGCAUAGACCGGGUGAUACGGGGUAGAAGAACAUGGCGGCCCACACUGUGCAGUUUAAGACCAAUUACGCAGUGGAGAGAAAAAUUGAAGCUUUCUACAAAGGUGGAAGAGUUCAGAUCAAUAAAGACGGGACUCACCUGUUCUGUACUUGUGGAAAUAAAGUUAAUAUUCUAGAAAUUGCUACAGGGGUUGUUGUACGCUCUAUAGAACAGGAUGAUCAGGAAGACAUCACAUGCUUUGCUCUUAGCCCGGAUGACGAGAUCUUGGUGACAGGCAGCCGUGCCUUGCUUCUCAAGCAGUGGUGUUGGGAGGAUGGCUCCUGCUCCCGCACCUGGAAGGCCAUUCAUACAGCACCAGUUGCCAGCAUGACCUUUGACCCCACCUCCACAUUGCUGGUUACAGGAGGCUGUGACAGCACCAUCAAGAUCUGGGAUGUCCUCAAGCAGUACUGCACCCAUAACUUGAAAGGAUCAUCUGGAGUUGUCCAUUUGGUCCAGUUCCAUCCUGACAUGUCCCGGUUGCAGCUAUUCUCUUCCAGCAUGGAUUAUAAGAUCCGCAUCUGGGAUCUGAAGUCCAGCAAGUGCGUGUCUGUACUGGAGGCCCACUACAGUGCUGUCACCUCCCUCUGCUUCUUCCCUGAUGGGAACACCAUGAUCAGUUCUGGAAGAGAUAAAAUUUGCACCGUGUGGGAUCUGGAGACCAAAACCUCAAAAAGGACAGUGGCGGUGUAUGAGAGUGUGGAAGUGACGCUGUGUCUCCCGGAAUCAUCAGAUGUGAUUGGCAGGGAAGAUGAUGCCGAGUCCCUCCUCUUCGUUACAGCUGGCAGUAAAGGUAUCUUGCGGGUAUGGGAUGCGGCCACCUCCAGGUGUGUGUACAGUCAGAGUUUGCCUCACACCAGCAAGAAUACGUCGGAGGAAGAGGCCGAUGAGCACAGCCUGACUCACUGCCUGCUCCUGCCCAAUCGGAGGGAGGUUGUCACCGUCACGGCUGAACACAACAUCCUCAUGUACGAUCUUCAGGACCUGCAGCUGAAGAAACAGUUUGCAGGCUACAAUGAUGAAGUCCUGGAUGUGAAAUUCCUGGGCCCGUCCGAUUCUCACAUCGUGGUGGCUACAAACAGCCCCCAAAUUAAAGUCUUCGAGCUGGCAACCUCCAACUGCCAGAUCCUGUACGGCCACACAGAAACUGUUCUGGCACUUGACGUCUUUAAGAAAGGAUUUAUGUUUGUCACCUGCGCUAAGGACAGAACUGUCAGAGUUUGGAAGAUGGCAAAGUCUAGUGGAAAGGUGGCUUGUGUUGCCAUGGGUGGAGGUCAUGCUAACGGUGUUGGAGCAAUCUCCUGUUCAAGACUCAAGCAGUCCUUUAUUGUGAGUGGAAGCCAGGAUUUAACCUUAAAGGUCUGGAAGCUCCCAGAAUCCAUUUUCAUCCAAAGUAAAGACCAGUUACCUAUUAUGGAAAGCUUACAUGCUGCUUGUACGGAGAAGGCACAUGACAAGGAUAUCAACAGCAUUGCUGUAUCUCCCAAUGACAAGCUGAUCGUCUCCGGCUCUCAAGACAAAACAGCCAAGCUGUGGUCAGCGGCAGACCUGUCUAUGAUGGGCGUCUUCAGGGGACACAAGCGGGGCAUCUGGUGUGUCCAGUUUUCACCGGCAGAUCAAGUUGUAGCUACGUCAUCUGCAGAUGGAUCCCUGAAGCUGUGGGGGCUGCAAGACUUCACCUGCUUGAAGACAUUUGAAGGUCACGAUGCCUCAGUGCUGAAGGUUAUAUUUGUCAGUCGUGGUACACAGCUGCUUACAAGUGGCUCAGAUGGCCUGCUGAAGCUGUGGACCAUUAAGACAAACGAGUGUGUGAAGACACUGGACUCCCAUGAGGACAAAGUGUGGGGUCUGCACAGCAACAAACUGGACAGCGCUCUGGUGACUGGAUCCGCGGACUCGAGCAUUAUUCUGUGGAAGGACGUCACAGAGACAGAGCUGGCUGAAGAACUAGCCAAAAAGGAGGAUGAGAUCUUGAAACAGCAAGAGCUGUCAAACCUUUUACAUGAGAAGAGGUUCCUGAAGGCUCUGGGCCUGGCCAUCACCUUAGACCAGCCGCAUACCGCGCUCAGAGUUAUAAAAGCCAUUCUGCAGGAACCCCAAGGAAAAGAUGAUCUGCAGAAAAACCUGCUGAGGUUACGCAGUGACCAGACAGAGGCCAUCCUGAGAUAUUGCACCAUCUGGAACACAAAUUCCCGGAACUGUCACGAGGCGCAGUGUGUGCUGAACAUCAUCCUCACCCAUGUACCGCCCGACACUCUGCUCCAGUACAGCUCCAUCCGAGGCAACGUGGAAGCUCUUAUCCCCUACACAGAGCGACACAUGCAGAGGAUGGCCAGACUUCUGCAGGCGUCCAUGUUUGUGGACUUUAUGUGGCAACACAUGAGACUGAGCGAUAUGCCGGAGGAGAAGGACAACGCACCAAUCCCUGUUAACGGCUUGACCGUCACCGCGCAAGAGGACGCCAUGGUAUGACGUCAC